AUGGAAAAUCGAGAUAGUAUACUAUUUACUACUGUUUAUCAAAAGCCAUCUUAUGAGCCUUAUUAUUUGCCAUUUAAUAGUAUUCAUCCAUUACAUAUGAAAAAGAAUAUACCGUUUACGAUGUUACUUCGAGUGAUUAGGUAUUGUUCUACAUUCCAAACAUAUCUGGAUGAACGUGAAAAAUUACGUAUGGCCUUAUUACUUAAUAAAUAUCCGAAUAAAUUAAUUGAAGAACAGUUUAAUAAUGUUCUUUUGAAAUGUAAUAUUGAUCAGCCAUUAACAAAUUUCAAUUAUGAUAAAUAUCGUCAAAAGAGUGGUCGUUUAACAGCUACGGCUGGUCAUUGUACAACUCAACGAACAACACAUUAUGAAAUAUUCGAUGUCGGAAUUUAUCCAUUAAUUAAACGUCGAGUUAUCCACGCGAAUAUUCAAUUUGUUAAAUUAAAUACGACUUCAUCGGUUGCUGAAAAGCAAGAAUUAAGUCGAUUUGUUAUGCAAAAUAAUUAUUUUGCUUAUGAUGGUGAAUUUUAUCAUCAGAUUCGAGGUGGAGCUAUGGGAUCUCAGUUAACCUUGACUAUGGCUAAUUGUUAUAUGUUUUUCUUUGAAAGAAGAAUAGCCAAGCAAAUCAAGAAUAGCGGUGGACUCUACUUUCGGUAUAUUGAUGAUUUAUUUAUAGUUAUUAAUUGGUCUGUUCGACAUUUAAUGAAACAAAUUGAACUUUGGAAUCAAUUCGACGAGAACAUUAAAUUAAAUGCAAAUUUUGGUUCAUUUACGACUUUCCUUGAUUUAUAUAUGGAGAAUCGAGAUGGUAUUCUAUUUACCACAGUUUAUCAAAAACCAUCCUAUGAACCAUAUUAUUUGCCAUUUAAUAGUAUUCAUCCAUUACACAUGAAAAAGAACAUACCAUUUACAAUGCUCUUUCGAGCAAUUAAGUAUUGUUCUACAUUUCAAACAUAUUUGGAUGAACGUGAGAAAUUAAGAAUGGCCUUAUUACUUAAUAGAUAUCCGAAUAAAAUUAUUGAACAACAGUUUAAUAUUGUUCUAUUAAGAUUCAAUAUUGAUCAGCCAUUGACUGCUAUUAAUUACGAUAAAUAUCGUCAGAAUGUGUUAGAUUCACCCUAUACAGAACCUAUAGAAAUUGAUUAUGAUAAAGUUAUGUUUAUUCACUUUACUUAUUGUUCAAGUAUGAAAGGAUUUCCUUUGAAAUUUCAUACAAUAUGGAAUAAAUAUUUUGGUGAAUCUCCGAUUAAUGAAAUUCGACCUAUACUUGGUACCCGUAAUGUUAAAAAUUUACAGAGACGAUUAACAAAUAUUAUUUAA